AAUAAUAAUAAAAAAAGGACAGGUCUACUCUGUUCACUGGGUCGCUCGUUCAAACACCGAGUCGAGGAAGUUCCAGAUCACGAUCUCUUGAGUUUGACAACAAUGGCGAAGCCGAGGCAUUCUCGAGUUCCUGGCCGGAAAUCGUCAUCUUCAACCAUGGUUCUAACGGCGCAGAUCAUGUUCACUUUCCUGGUUUUGAUCCUUUUGGCGCUCGGAAUCCUUUCGAUUCCAACCAGAACUCAUUAUGAUGAAGGGGUAGGAGAACAAUGGGUUGAAGUCAUCUUCUGGGAGCCUAGAGCUUUUAUCUAUCAUAAUUUCUUGUCCAAGGAGGAAUGUGAAUACCUAAUUGACCUUGCCAAGCCUCACAUGGAAAAAUCAACAGUUGUCAAUAGUGAAACUGGCAAGAGCAAAGGUAGCAGAGUACGUACAAGUUCUGACACAUUUCUGCCUAGAGGUCGUGAUAAAAUUAUUAGAAACAUUGAGAAAAGGAUUGCAGAUUGUACCUUCAUUCCAGUUGAGCACGGAGGAGUUCAAGUUCUCCACUAUGAAGUUGGCCAAAAGUAUGAGCGUCACUAUGAUUACUUCAUGGAUGAGUACAAUACCCAGAACGGGGGCCAACGCAUAGCUACGGUCCUUAUGUACCUCUCAGAUGUUGAAGAAGGGGGAGAGACGGUGUUUCCUGCUGCAAGGGGUAAUGUCAGUGCUGUGCCUUGGUGGAAUGAAUUAUCUGAAUGCGGAAAAGGGGGACUUUCUGUCAAACCAAAGAUGGGUGAUGCAUUACUUUUCUGGAGCAUGAAGCCUGAUGCAAGUCUAGAUCCUUCAAGCCUGCACGGUGGAUGCCCUGUGAUUAGAGGAAAUAAAUGGUCAUCUACAAAAUGGAUGCGAGUCAACGUGUACAAGGUCUAAACAGCAGUUAUAAAGGU